ACUCGAUACUCGCGAUGCGCAAAGGCGCCGGCAUCUCCGGCCUCUCGCGGCACACCGCCACGGCGUCGUCGUACGCCUCCCUCUCCUCGUCGUUGUCCGCGACGCAACUCGCCGCGCUCGAGACGCAGCUCGCGUCCUUCCGCGACUCCUUGGUAUCUUUCACCGCCGCACACCGCGCCGACAUCCGCGCGGACCCCGCGUUCCGGCACCAGUUCCAGAAGAUGUGUGCCGCGCUCGGCAUCGAUCCCCUCGCCGGCACGGGGCGGCCGGCGUGGUGGGCGUCCCUCGGCCUCGGGGAGUGGGCGGCCGAGCUCGCCCUGCAAGUCGUGGACGUGUGUGUGUCGACGCGCGAGGCGAACGGCGGCGUCAUUGAGAUGGGGGAGCUGAUCGCGCGGGUGGAGGCGAUGCGGCGGGGUGCGCCGCUUACGACUGCGCCAACGAGUAUGGCGUCCGCGCCAGCGCCGGCGCGAGCAGGAGCAGGAGCAGGAGCAGGGUCGGCGCCGUCGGCGCUGUUGCGCCCGUUCAAGCGCGCAAGCGGCGAUAUCACGCCGGACGAUAUCCGGCGCGCCCUCGACCUCCUUGCACCCCUCCGGGCCGGGUACAGCGUGCAUGUUGCGGGCGGGGUGACGUUCGUGCGCAGCGUGCCGCGAGAGCUCGAUACAGACCAGAGCAUGCUCCUCGUGCUUGCCGCAGAUUCUGUGCCGCGCGGCCGGCUGGACGCGUUCGACGUCGCCAAGGCUGCAGGGUGGAGCGGGAGCCGCGCCAAGACGGCCCUAGAUGACGCAGUCAUGCGUGAGGGGAUGGGGUGGGUGGACGAGGAUGGAAGCGUGUGGUUGCUCGCCGCAGUAGAGUUUGCAGAUUAGUAGUCUAGAGAUGUUGUACACAUAUACAUAUCCAUACUGUGGUGUUCAUGAGGGCAUCACACCUGACCGCGCCACCCCUGCCCGUGCUACACCGCCAUAUCAUGCUUGCAUACUGCUCA